AAAACUAAUAAUUAAUAAAAAAUGUCAAAUACAGAUAAUAAUAAAAAAGUAAUAAUUUUAACUGGUGGUUCAGAUGGUAUUGGUAGAAAUGCUUUGAAUUAUUUGGUUAAAGAAGAUAACACAAAAAUUAUAUUGCCAGUUAGAAAUUUAGAAAAAGGUGAAAAGGUUAUUGAAGAAUUAAAACAAAUAAACCCCAAUGCAGAUUUAAAAUUAAUGAAAAUGGAUUUAUCAUCUCAGGAAUCAAUUAAAUCAUUUGUAAACGAAUUUAACUCACUAAAUGAACCAUUGGAUAUUUUAGUUAAUAAUGCCGGUAUAUUAACAAAUGAAUUUAGAAAAAACUCUGAUGGCUAUGAAUUAACAAUGGGAACAAAUCAUUUAGGAACUUCAUUAUUAACCUUAUUAUUAUUACCAAAUUUAAACAAAUCAAAACUCGAAGGUGGUGGUAAUAUCGUAAUUGUUUCUUCUAAAAUGCACAGCUAUAUUGGGUCUUUGGAUUUUGAUAAAGAAUUAGGCAAUGAAACUGAAUCAGAUUAUUCAAGCACCAACAGCUAUUCAAAAUCAAAACUAUACAAUUUAUUAUUUGCCCAAGAGUUACAAAAAAAAUUAGACCAAUCCGAAAGUUCUAUUAAAGUAAAUGCCCUUCAUCCAGGUUUCACUAUGACUUCAUUAGCACACGAAUAUAAUUGGUUUGCUAGAGGUUUCACUGCACUUUUAACUUAUUUGAUUGGUGACAAUUUGGAUGAUAUGGGUAGAGGCUUGGCCGAAUUAGCUUUAAACAAGUCAAAUAUCAAAGGAAAAUACUUAAAUAUUACCCAGAUUACACAGACAUCAAAAUUUGCUCAAGAUCCAAGCAAUUCAUUAAAAUUAUGGGAAAAAACUUGUCAAAUGCUUGGCUUUGAUUCAAACAACUUAAAACUAAAUUAAAAAUAAAUAUAAAAUAAAUAUAAAAUAU